AUGGAACCUCAAACAUCUAAUCCAAGUCCAUUUUUACGUGCGAAUAAAUGGUCACGUUUCUUUCAUGGCUGGAUAACAGAAUUAUUAAAAAAAAGUCAUAAACAAGGAACACUUGAUCUUACUGAUCUGUACGAUAUUCCUUCUUAUCUCGAUGCAACAAAACUUACUGACAAGCUCGAAGCAAAUUGGUUCGAUGAAAUGAAACGAUCUCCACAAAAGCCUAGUUUAGUUCGAGCAACAGUUCGUACAUUAGGAUGGACACCACUCCUUAUAGGUCUCCUUUUAAUCCCUAUCUCACUACUAAAUAUCAUCCAACCAUUAAUACUUACGUUUCUAAUGAAUUUUUUUGAACCAUGUUCAACAAUGUCUAACUGGACAGCAUGGUCUUUAGCUAUCAGUAUCGUUUGCAUUGCUUUCUGUGCUUCCUUUAUUAGUCAUCAGAAUAUUUAUCGAACUAUUCUUCUUGCAUUGGAAAUGCGUAUUGCUUAUAGUGGUCUUAUCUAUCGUAAAGUACUUCGAUUAUCAACUCAUUCAAUGAAUAAUAUCAGUUCAGGUAAAAUCAUGAAUUUAUUAUCAAAUGAUGCUGGACAAAUUGAACUGGCACUCUAUUUUAUCAAUAAUUUAUGGAAAACCCCAUUGGAAAUCAUCUUAGUAACCUGUUUCUUUUGGAAAUAUGUUCAAUAUAUGAUAUUCGUUGCUCUUGGCUAUGCUCUAUUACUUUUAAUUGUUCAAACAAUCUGUAGUCAACUUAUUUUGCAUUUUCGAACGAAAAUCUUACUUGUAACGGAUGAACGAGUUAAGAUUAUGUCUGAAAUUAUUAAAUCAAUGCGUAUUAUUAAAAUGUAUUGUUGGGAAUCAGCAUUUAGUAAAAAAGUUCGUCUUAUAAGAAAACGUGAAAUUAUUCAAUGUGCUUUUCGUUUGAUACUGGAUUGUAUUCAAACAUUAUUUACACAUACAUAUACCAAUGUAACAUUUGUAUUAAUGUAUACUACAAUGUGGUCAUUAGAUAUUCGAUUUGAUACAAAAUUUUUUGCUAUAUCUAUGUGUAUGCUUGUUUAUAUACGAGCAAAUGUUAUUCAUUCAUUUACAAUUGCUAUCCGUAAUUUUGUUCAUUAUAUGGCUGCUCAAAAUCGUAUUCGGACAUUUUUAUUACUGGAUGAAUGUGAACGAGACAAUCGAUUACUAUCUACAUCAUAUUUGAAUCUUGUACCAAAAUCGGAUACAAUAGAAAACGAAUUAAUAAGCAAAGAUCGAUUACCACAGAUAAUAUGCAAUAUAAAUCGAGCAUUAUGGGAAAAGGAUGGAACAUUCGCGUUAAAAAAUAUUGUAUUUAAUGCAAAUCCAGGUGAUUUGAUCUGUGUUAUUGGACCCGUUGGUUCUGGCAAAAGUUCUUUAUUACAAAGUCUUUCAGGCGAAAUCGCUUAUUUUGAAGGAAAAAUUCGUCUACAUGGUUCAUUCUGUUAUGUUCCUCAAGAAUCUUGGAUAUUUUCAUCAAGUAUAAAAAAUAAUAUUCUAUUUGGUAAAGAUUAUGAUCAUAUAUUAUUCCAACGUGUUAUUCAUGCAUCUGCAUUACAAACAGAUAUAGAACAAUGGUCGCAUGGUGUUGAAACUCUUGUUGGUGAUCAAGGUUUGAUGUUAUCUGGAGGUCAAAAAGCUCGAGUAAAUAUGGCACGAGCACUUUAUCGAGAUGCUGAUAUUUAUCUAUUGGAUGAUCCAUUAUCAGCUGUCGAUGUUAAAGUAUCCAAACAUCUUUUUGAAAAAUCGAUUAAGAAAUAUUUACGAAAGAAAAUUUGUAUUCUAACAACACAUCAAAUACAAUUUUUACAAGAUGCUACAAUGAUUAUUGUUCUAAAUAAUGGUGAAGUAGUACAUAUGGGAACAUAUGAAAAAUUGAUUACAUCUUCUGAUUCAUUUGCUCAUCUACUUCAUGAUAUUAAUCAACAUGAACUCAACGAACAACAAUCAGUUGAUUUACAAAAUCAAAGAUCGAUUAUUGAAUCGAAAACAUCGGAAAGUAACGAUAAAAAAGAUGCAUCAACCUUACCAACUAAUGUUGAAAUCAAACAAGAAGGUGCUAUUAAAUGGCAUGUUUAUACUGCUUAUUUACGAGCUGGUAUUGGUCUAUUUAUUGGUCUUAUUUUGAUGACUAGUAUAUUCUCAAUUCGAGAACUCAUUGUUAUUUUCAGUGAUCGUUGGUUAGGAAAAUGGACUGAAGAUGAAACACAUCGAUAUCGUGUUUUCAGUAAUUGUACAAAUACUUUAAUAAAUCCAAUACUAUUGAUGAAUAAUACUGAAUGGAAUAAUCAUCGAUAUCGACGGUUCUAUAUAUAUUGUGGUUCCGUACUUGUUCUUUUUGUUGUCACUCUAAUACGUGUUGUUGUCACAGAGUUUGUAUUUUUAAAUGCGGGACGUGUUCUUCAUAAUAAAAUGUUUCAUCGAUUUGUACGAGCUCCUAUCUCAUUUUUUGAUAUCAAUCCUAUUGGUCGAAUGUCAUAUCGUUUCACGAAAGAUGUAUCAGUUAUGGAUGAUAGUCUUCCGAUUAAUCUAUUUGAACUAUUUCAAUGUAUUUUCAAAGUAUUAGGUACCGUGGUUCUAGUUAGUUGGAUUAAUCCUUGGUCAUUUAUUCCAGCAAUAAUAGCAGUUGGUGGAAUGAUAUUUAUACGUUAUCGUUUUGCAAGGUGUUUACGUGAUUUAAAACGUCUCGAAGGUAUAUCACGUAGUCCAAUCUAUUCAUAUAUGACAUCAACAAUUCAUGGUCUCAAAGUUAUUCGAUCUUAUCAUGCUGAACAAAUGUGUUCGGCUGAAUUUCUCGCACAUCUUAAUAAUGGUUCGCGUGUUAAUUUUCUGAUAUCAACGGUUAAUCGUUGGGCGGCAAUAAGAUUCGAUUGGAUCACCGUAUCAUUUAUUGGUCUCGUUACAUUCUUUGCAAUGAUUGUACGUGUCGUUCAAAAUUAUCUUACAGCUGCUGAUAUUGCUCUUAUUCUUUCCUACAGUCUCAAUCUUAUGGGUACUCUUCAAUGGACAAUUAGAUUAUCCGUUGAUGUCGAAACACAAAUGACUGCAGUUGAACGAGUACUUGAAUAUUGUUCUCUUGAACAAGAACCACCAGCUCAAGUUUCAUCGGAUCAUCGUCCACCAUCAAACUGGCCUUCUGAAGGUCGAAUUGUAUUCAGUAAUGUUUCGAUGUCUUAUUCAAGUGAUGAACAUGCACCAUUUGUCCUUCGUAAUAUUACGAUGACUAUAAAAAGUGCUGAAAAAAUUGGUAUUGUUGGAAGAACAGGUGCUGGCAAAAGUUCUCUUAUUCAAAUACUCUUUCGCAUGGGCAUUUUAGUCGAUGGUCAAAUUAAAAUUGAUAAUAUUGAUAUUACAUCUGUUGGUUUAGAUGAUAUACGAAGUCGAAUAUCAAUUAUUCCACAAGAACCUGUUCUUUUUACGGGUACUAUGAGAAAUAAUCUUGAUCCAUUUGGUGAAUAUUCAGAUGCUGAAAUAUGGCAAGCACUUGAACAAGUUCAAUUAAAGACACUCGUUGCAGAUGAUAUGCCAAAUGGACUUCAAUCGAUAGUAACAGAAAGUGGUUCUAAUUUAAGUGUUGGUCAAAAGCAACUUGUAUGCUUAGCACGAGCUAUUUUGAAAAAGAGUAAAAUUCUUGUUGUUGAUGAAGCUACUGCUAAUGUAGAUAAUGCAACAGAUGAAUUGAUUCAACGAGCAAUUCGUGAUAAAUUUCGAGAAUGUACAGUUCUUACAGUGGCUCAUCGUCUACGUACAGUGAUCGAUAGUGAUCGUAUUUUAGUACUUGGUAAUGGUGAACUACUUGAAUUUGAUACACCUGAUGUAUUACUUUCAAAUCCAUCUUCUCAAUUUGCUAUGCUUGUCGAACAAUCAGGACCAGCCGAAGCUGAAUAUCUUCGUUCACUUGCUAGAACUACCGUCAUACAUCCACAACUGGAAGAGGAUAAACUCAACUGUAAUGAUGAUUUCUCAGAAUAUAACAAUGAAGAUGAUCCUCUUCUUUUAUCUCAUAAUAAAACGUAA